AAUUCACAAAUUCAGAAAUAGUUUAUCUUGAAGGAAAUGAAGCGAAAUAGCACCAAAACAAACGUCGCCGCAGGCAACAGCACCAAAUCGAGCAGUACCAAGGCCAGGGAUUUGACGUGCAAAAUGGCGAUGAUACCAGAUCGGCAAACUUCGUAUCCUCACACACGAAAAUUCACGUAUUUAAGACCCCAUUCUUCACCAUGUAGAGUGUACUCCAGGGAUGGUUUCCAAAAUACGUUCAGACCUGCUUCUUCAACCACAGCUGUUGCAAAUCCAAUACUGUCCUUCUUAGAUGUUAAACGGAUUUUAUUUCAAAAAAUUACUGACAAAGGAGAUGAGUUGAAGAAAGCCUUUCAGCUGCUUGAUACAGCUCAGAACAUGACGGUGUCAAAGAGUGAACUGAGAAGAAUUGUCACGACCUUCCUGCUGCCUCUCACCAGAGAACAGUUUCAAGACGUACUGGCUCAGAUCCCCCUCACCAGCUCUGGUGCUGUUCCGUACCAUGAAUUCCUGUCCAGGUUCGGUGGAAUUGACCUAAAUAUAAACGUUAUAACGAGGGGAGGUGGGAAUGAGAUGAAUUGCUGUCGGACAUUAAAAGAACUCGAAAUCCAAGUAGGAGAAAAGAUUUUCAAAAACAUUAAAACUGUUCUCAAAGCCCUUAAGCUCGUUGAUGUUAACGAGACUGGUCUGGUCCAACCACGUGAGCUGAGGAGGGUUCUGGAGACCUUCUGUUUGAAGAUGAAAGAUGAGGAAUACAAAAAGUUUGCAAAACACUACAACAUUGAUAAAGGUACUGCAGUGGAUUAUAAUGCUUUUUUGAAGAGCCUCAGUAUAAAUAAUGACUUGAACCUUAGGUAUUAUAUGGGAGAUCAAGAGGUCUCAUGGGAGAAUCAACAAGUCAAACAUUCCAAAAGGGAGUGCCUCCCCAAUUCUGUUUCAUCUGAAGAUAUCUGGAAAGACUACUCCUUGGAUGAAAUUGAGAAGACCUUUUGCCAGGAGCUUUCCAAGUCCUAUGAAAAGGUGGAAAAGGCCCUGAGUGCAGGGGACCCCUCCAGAGGUGGAUACGUGUCUUUGAAUUACCUGAAGGUGGUCCUCGAUACCUUUGUGUACCAAUUACCCAGAAGAAUUUUUAUCCAGUUAAUGAAAAGAUUUGGACUUAAAACCACCGCUAAAGUCAAUUGGAAGCAAUUUCUAAUGUCAUUUCAUGAGCCGCCAUGGUUGGAAGUUAACAAUACAAUUCCCCAGACAAAAAGAAAUAGCAUCGACUCUAGAAAUCAAUCUUACAAGGAAAAUAUUAUCACAAAGUUGUUUAGACAUGAGGAUCACUAUACAUCAUUGAAGAAAGCACUACUGCUCAUCAACACUAAACCUGAUGGACAGAUAACAGGGGAAGAAUUGCAACAUAUUCUAAAUUGCAUGGUUGUAAAAAUAAGUGAUUCAGACUUCAAAGAACUAAUGCAAACACUUGACCCUGGAGGUGCUGGCUCUGUCAACGUCAACACGUUUAUUGAACUGCUCGAAGACAACCCUAAGAUAAGAAAAAUAUCCUCCUCUGCAGACACCAAGGCACCUCUCCUCCUGGCCUGGGAUUCAGUGGAAGAAAUUGUUCAUGACGCAAUUACUAGAAACCUACAAGCUUUCUAUAAAAUGCUACGAUCGUACGACCUCGGAGACACAGGGCUCAUUGGUCGAAAUAAUUUCAAGAAAAUCAUGCGCAUAUUCUGCCCAUUUUUAGCAACUGAACAUUUAAUAAAACUCUGCAGUAAGUUUCAGGAUAGUGCUUCGGGAAGGAUCCUUUACAAGAAGCUGUUGGCGUGCGUAGGAAUUAAUGGCCCACCCACCAUCUCUCCAGUUCUUGUUCCGAAGGAUCAGCUGUCGACUGAGCAUUCUCAGCAAGAGGCACAGCAGCAGCCGGAUCUUUCCGAGAGAACCAAGCCCGCGGAGAGUAAAAGCACCUUGACCAAGAAUAUGACCAAGGAUGAAGUUAUCGAAAAACUCAAAAACUGUAUACAGCAGCAGGACCCUGUGUUCAGAAAGCGAUUUCUUGACAUCAGCAAGGAACCUCAUGGCAAAAUUAACGUGCACGACUUCAGGAAGGUACUGGAAGAUAACGGAAUGCCCAUGGACGAUGAUCAGUAUGCUCUGCUGACUGCAAAAAUAGGAUAUAAGAAGGAAGGGAUGAGUUAUCUUGAUUUUGCUGCAGGAUUUGAAGGUACUAAAAUGAAAGGGCCAGAAGUGACUCCACCUCAGACUCCAAUUCUCUCAAAAAGUAACUUGGACAGAUAUUUUGUAACUGCUGAAGAAUGCCUGAAACAUUUCCCCCAGAGACUGAAGGAGUCCUUCCGGGAUCCCUACUCCGCCUUCUUUAAGAUGGACGGCGACAGGGACGGCAUCGUCAGCAUGCACGACCUGCACAGGCUGCUCCAGCGCCUGCUGUUCAACCUCAAGGACGAGGAGUUCGAGCGUUUCCUGGGCCUGCUUGGCUUGAGACUCAGCGUCACUUUAAACUUCCGGGAAUUUCGAAAUUUGUUUGAGAAGAGACCGUUGGGAACAGACGACGCGCCUCAGAGACUCAUCAGACCAAAACAGAAGGUCGCAGAUUCAGAACUAGCUUGUGAACAGGCUCAUCAGUACCUUGUUACCAAAGCAAAAACCAGAUGGUCAGACUUGUCGAAGAAUUUUAUAGAAACUGAUAACGAGGGCAACGGCAUUCUCCGACGACGGGACAUAAAGAACGCGCUGUAUGGUUUUGACAUUCCCCUCACGCCGAGAGAAUUUGAAAAGCUUUGGGUGCGCUAUGACACCGAGGGAAGAGGGCACAUUACUUACCAAGACUUUUUGCAGAAACUGGGGAUCAGCUAUUCAGCAGAUGUCCAUCGGCCCCACGCAGAGGAUUAUUUCAACUUCAUGGGUCAUUUCUCGAAACCGCAGCGGGUACAAGGAGAGAUCAAACAGCUGCAGCAGAGCACCGAGAAGGCCGGGCCAGCCAGGGAUCGGCUUAAGGAUCAUUAUCAGGAUAUCAGCAAAGUACUCACCAAACUAGAUAAAUCUAAAACUGACUACAUAUCCGUAUGCAAGAUGCAGAAAGUGCUGCAGGAGUGUGGCUGUUCUCUUAAGGAGGAGGAGCUGACCGAUCUUCUCAACAGUUGGGGAAUCAGCUGGCAUGAUAAUUCCAUCAAUUACCUUGACUUCUUAAGAGCGGUGGAGAACAGCAAGCCAACGAGGCCUCAGCCAGAAGAAAAAGAAGAGUGUGUGCCAAUCAAUUUUGCGACACUGAAUCCAGAGGAAGUUCUGAAGAGCGUCCAGGAGGUUGUUGCCUCUUCCAGUCUGCCUUUGUCGACGGCAUUUUCUGCUUUGGAUAAAGAGGACACUGGGUUUGUAAAGGCUUCGGAUUUUGGACAAGUUCUUAAGGAUUUCUGUUACAACCUCACAGAUAACCAGUAUCACUAUUUUUUGAGAAAACUAAGAAUUCAUCUAACCCCCCAUAUAAAUUGGAAAUACUUCCUGCAGAGCCUCAGCGGCUUUCUUGAAGCGACUGCUGCUGAGUGGGCUGAGAAAAUGCCCAAAGGCCCGCCUCCCCGGUCUCCCAAGGAAAUGGCGAACCAGGAGAUCCUAGCACGACUCCACAAGGCAGUGACUUCCCAUUACCACGCCAUCGCCCAGGAGCUUGAGAACUUCGACACCAUGAAAACGAACACCGCCUCCAGGGACGAGUUCAGGGCCAUCUGUACUCGCCACGUUCAGAUUCUGACGGAUGAACAAUUUGACAGACUCUGGGCCGAGAUGCCCGUCAAUGCCAAGGGGAGGCUGAAAUACCUGGACUUCCUGAGCACGUUCAGUUCGGAGAAGGCGGCAGCAUCGCCAGCCGCUGAUGAUUCGGCCAUGGCCCAAAGAGGGAGCAGCGUCCCCGACCUCUCAGAAGGCAGCCGAUCUGCAGAAUCGUCGCCCACUGGCCACCUGAAAGCAGGGUUAAAGCCGCGGAGUCACCCUGGCACCCCCGCCAGUGGGGCGCCACAUACCCUGCUCUUGCAGAACUGCGAGCCCAUCGAGACCAAGCUCCGGAAGAAAAUCCAGGGCUGUUGGCGAGAGUUCCUGAAGGAAUGCAAGGAGAAGGACGUGAACAAACAGGGGGAGAUCACCGCACCCGAGUUCCUGGCUCUUGUGGAGAAAUUUAACCUGGAUGUAAGCAGAGAGGAGUGUCAGCAGCUCAUGGUGAAGUACGACUUAAAGAACAACGGGAAGUUUGCCUAUUGCGACUUCAUUCAGAGCUGUGUCCUCCUGUUGAAAGCUAAGGAAACCUCACUGAUGCAGAGAAUGAAAAUUCAGAACGCACAUAAAAUGAAAGAAGCUGGUGCUGAGACUUCUUCCUUUUACUCCGCUUUGCUGCGUAUUCAGCCCAAAAUUGUGCACUGCUGGAGGCCGAUGCGGCGCACGUUCAAAGCCUACGAUGAGGGGGGCACGGGGCUGUUGAGCGUGGCUGAUUUCAGGAAGGUCCUGAGGCAGUACAGUAUCAACCUGUCCGAGGAGGAGUUCUUCCACAUUCUGGAGUAUUAUGACAAGACGCUGACCUCAAAAAUCUCCUACAACGACUUCCUCCGGGCCUUCCUCCAGUAGACGGCCUCUGCGGCACACCCCGCGCGGACACACGGGGCCGCAGGGCCCGUCCCCAAGAUUCACAAAAUCACAUAAUCGGGGGUUUCGUGAACUUUGCAGAGUCUCCAGGAACAACACCCACACCCACGCGAGCCCGUGUCUUCCCGGUGGCUCGCCCAGGCCCGGCGCUGCCCUGCGGCUCCAGCAUCGGCCGGCCUCUCCAGACGGCUUCGGGGCUGCCCACUGAGCCUCAGGACCCCUCACGCGUUAGUUUGAGCAAAUAAAAAUGUUAGUCUUUGCAGGAAUGAUUCUUGAGACUUUA